AUUGUUCAUGUGGUGUAUAUGGUUAAAUGUUAGCAUCAACCAGGUAGAAGGAGAGAUUGAUGAAACAUGUAAAGUAGAUUGUGCAUGCUGUAUAGAUAAAAAAUGUGGGAUAGGGCAAUGGAGUUCUACAGACUGUACUCUAGGCUGUAUUGAUGGUUAUAGGGGUGGUCGCUGUUACCUAAAAUGUAGACACAAUUGUACAAAAUGCGCUGAUCAUGUUGAUACGUGUACUGCGUGUUAUGAUGGCUAUUAUCUCGGCCCUGCCAAAGACUGCACAUCAAGGUGUUUACCGGGAUGUAAAACGUGUACGUCAGGAAACACAUGUACAUCAUGCAAGGAGGGAUAUAAUAACGACAAUGGUCGAAAUGAUUGUAGUAAUCGUUACUGUCCUGAACAUUGUUAUUGCGAUAAUGGUAAGUGUUUGUCAUGUAAGGACGGAUAUCACGAUAUCAGUAAUUUAUGUGAUAGUUUAUGUCCAGUUAACUGUGUCACGUGUUUGUCGAAUACUAAGUGUGGCUCGUGUAAGGAUGGCUAUUAUAACGGUCACCAGUACGACAACAAUAACCUCCCUUUGUUGAACAACUGUAAAUACAAAUGUCGAGAUAACUGUUCACGAUGUACGUCUUAUAAUAGUUGCUCGCUUUGUAAAAGUGGUCUUUAUGGUGCGAACUGUGACAACAAUUGUUCAGUUGGUUGUAUGUCAAACGCUUGCAAUAUCCUGACAGGAUACUGUACAUGUUUAUCUAAUUUUGCUGGGGAAAGAUGUGACCAAUGCAAAAACAGAAAAUAUGGAAAUAUGUGCGAUCAAGAGUGUCCGGCAGGGUGUAAAGGUCACGUGUGUAAAAAAGAUUCCGGAGAUUGUACAGACGGGUGCAUUGAAGACACAAUCGUUGGUGGUAAAUGUGACGUUUGUUUAACAGGCUGGUAUGGGGAAUACUGUAACAUAUCUUGUUCUGUUGGCUGUAAAAAUCAGCAAUGUGAGAAAAGUAAUGGUGAAUGUUCAAAAGGUUGUCUCGAUAAUUUUGCAGGAGGACAAUGCAAGCAAUGCAUGCAAGGCAAAUAUGGUGAUUCAUGCAACAAAGAAUGUCCAAAUAAUUGUGACGAUAAAGGCUGCUUAACAGAAUCCGGUAAUUGUAUUAAUUGCAAUGACAACUUCAAUGGAGAGAAAUGUGAUAGAUGCCGUCUUGGUUUUUAUGGUUCACUUUGCUCUGAGAGAUGCCCGACUAAAUGCUUGAACAAUGUAUGUGAAAGAGAUAACGGCACGUGCUCUGAUGGCUGUGUAGACAAUUAUUCUGGUGACAGAUGUUGUAUUAAUAACAACAACUGUAUCACAUGUUUGUUAGAUACUAGGUGUAAAGAAUGUAAGAAAGGAUACUUCAAUGACCAAUGUGAUAAACGAUGUCCUAAGAACUGUUUAAAGUCCUGUCAUAUCGAAUCUGGUUUCUGUGACGGUUGCAAAGAAAACUUUUAUGGUGAUAGUUGCAACAUUUCAUGUGCCUUUACCUGCAAGAUUCAAACAACAACAAGUGGAAGUAUAUGUCAGCAAAGUAAUGGAAAGUGUCUAUAUGGCUGUGUUGAUAGUUUCCAUGGUUUACAAUGUUCUGAGAACUGUUCCGUUUAUUGCAGCGAUACUCUUUGUGAUCAAGACGACGGCAAAUGUACAAAAGGUUGCAAAACAAGAGUAAAGGAUGACACCAUUUGCUCCUUGGAUUCAGAAUCACAACAGGGUGAAGAUAAAGGUAAUCAGGACAGUUUAAUUGGACCAAUAGUUGGGGGUAUUGUUGGAAUUCUGGUAGCAACAACAGUAAUAGUGGGUGUAAUUAUUUUCUGCAGACGAAGGCAAGGUAACAAAGGUCAAGGACAACGUUCUGAUCUUGAAAAUACUCAAUCUAUCAAGGAAGACGAAAAGAAGCAUACAUAUGGAAACAUUUCUGAGCGGCCAUCAUCAAAGGAAGAUAAAGAAAGAAAGAGCGCAUUAAGCAUACCACCAACUACUGCAGUAAAUACACAGCCUUCAGGGAACAAACCAAAAUCACCACCCCCUGUAGCAUCUUCGUCAGUGGAUAUUGAUGAGGUAGAAGUAGAUGAAGUUAAAUAUGAAAACAAGACUGAUGAUACCUACUAUAACAUUAAAGAGAGUCCAUACAGAAUCAAAGUGGACAACCUACUCAAGUAUGUUACAUCUGGAAAAGUGGACUUCGAGGCUGAAUUCAAGAAACUCAACAAAGAUUUAGAUUUGACAAAGUACUGCAGCGUCGCUAAAGAUCCUCAAAAUUUGGCAUUGAACCGGUAUAACGGAAUUUAUCCUUAUGACCAUUCCAGAGUGACGAUACAAGACCUUCCAGAUUUCUUUAUAAAUGCGUGUUACAUAGAUGGCUACUGCAAGGAGAACGAAUAUAUUGCUUCAUUAGGGCCAACAUCAAAGACCACUGCUAACUUCUCCACGUUCUGGCUGAUGGUAUGGUACAAGAAAACUGACAUUGUCGUCAUGUUGACCAAUCUUAGAGAAACAUCUGGUAUGAAAUGUGAGCAGUACUGGCCGGAGGAGGAUACGGAGAUAGAGUACGGGGAUAUAACAGUAAAAUGUCGGAGUGUUGAAGCGUUUGCUGAAUAUACUGUUAGGACAUGCACUAUAGUAAAGGGAAAACAAGAAAGGCAGAUAAUUCAACUACACUUCACAGCAUGGCCAGAUAAAGGUGUUCCUCAGGAGGUGACAAGUCUUGUAGAGUUCAGACAAAGGGUAAAUGCAGUUCCAAAGACAUUAGGUGGACCAAUAAUAGUUCAUUGCAGGUACUGUAUAAUGUUUAUUUCAGGAAAUAUAACCAAUAAACUUUCAGUAUUUGCAUCACGUGACGUUCCGAUGGAAAACCCAGUCCAUAAAAUCCGUUCAAAACCCAUAUAUUAUGGCAUAAAAAACCUUGGGGGGAUGGUUUUCUCUCUACAGGACCAGAAGAAAUCUAUGUUUCAUUUCCAGUACAAAAACUGGCAGACAGCGAAGAAAGUACCCGACAGCGCCAUGGAUUUUGUGCAAUUUGUUAAAGAAGUGGAAAAAUAUGUUGCUAAUGACCCGGAAGAUGAUCCCAAUAUCAUUGCACAUUGUUUGAAUGGUUUUGAGAGAAGUGGAUUGUUUUGUGUCGUAUACAAACUUCUAGAGAAACUUGAAGCUGAACGACAAGUCAGUGUAGUUAAUGUAGUCAGGAAGAUCCGUACACACCGACCACAAUCAAUUACAUCAAUGGAACAAUUGAAGUUUUGUUACGAGUGUGUUUCAGCGUAUCUGGAGAUUUACAACACGUACUCCAACUUUGCAUCUUGAGAUUACUGCAACUUUACUUGUUAACUUAAUGUUUACAAUGUGUUAAUUGAAACAUAAUAUGUAAACUUAAUGUUUUCAUCUUGUUUUGCAAUUUGCUGGCAAACGGAAACCACAACUUGUUAAUUUACAUGAUCUCUCAUGUUUCUGCAAUUUUUCUAGUUUACAUCAUGUUUACGCCAUUCUUGCAUGUUUUCACCAUAAUAUUACUUUUGUUUAUUACUAUUUCAUUUAUGUUUACAUAUCUACUUCAAUUUUAUUUAAUGUUAACAUCUCGGUUAUACUCUAUGAGAACUUUUAUUGUGUUUACAUCGGGCAUCGUCGGUUAAGUAUACAGUAUCUCUAUAUAUUGAUGUGAAGUAUACGGAUAUAUCCAUAUAUCAAUGUGGAGUAUACGGAUAUAUCUAUAUAUUGAUGUGGAGUAUACGGAUAUAUCUAUAUAUUGAUGUGGAGUAUACGGAUAUAUCUAUAUAUUGAUGUGGAGUAUACGGAUAUAGCUGUAUAUUGAUGUGGAGUAUACGGAUAUCUCUAUAUAUUCAUGCGAAGUAUACGGAUAUAUCUAUAUAUUGAUGUGGAGUAUACGGAUAUAGCUGUAUAUUGAUGUGGAGUAUACGGAUAUCUCUAUAUAUUCAUGCGAAGUAUACGGAUAUAUCUAUAUAUAAAUGUGAAGUAUACGGAUAUAUCUACAGGUUGUUUCCGACGAUGAAUUUCUUGAAGCCAACGAAAGCUCUUCUCAACAUAUAUGAAAUGGUUUAUAGUAAAUGUCUGUUUAAACGACUCAACACCUAUAAAUGAUAUUUGUACAUCUUACAUGAUCAAUAUCAUAAUGUGUAGCGCAUUGAAGACAUGAUUUUAUUAUAUGCUACUUUGCUGUAGCACUAUUUUUCACUAUUUGUUAUAGUUUUAUUUACAUUUUUGAAAUAAGAAAAACAUUUAACAGAUAUUAUAUUGUUCAAAGAAAGAAGACAUGAUUAUGUAAUCAAAAAUUUAUUUUUAAUGAAAGAUUUAUCAAAUUAUCAUAGUUUAAUGGUUAAGGGGAGAUAACUAUUAUUUAAAAAAAGAAAAGAAACUUAUAUCUGUAUAUAUACACCAUAAACAUUGAGAUAGAAUAACAAAUGUUACAUCUGUUAUAGAGAAUGAUAGAAAUGAGAUUUUUAGUAAUAUUUAGUAAUAUUGUUGUUGUUCGUAAUGUUUAUUUUAUUUACUUGUUUUAUUAUUGUUAUUUUUUUUAAAUCUUUUUUAAAAAA